AUGACCUGUUUUGUCACAGUUGGCACUACUUCUUUCGAUCAAUUGGUGAAUGAGGUGUUGAGUGAUGACUGCACUUCAAAGUUGAAAUCAUUGGGUGUGAAAAGAAUCAAGAUCCAACUUGGUGCUGGUAAUUGGAAUGAUGACGUGAGGGACCGAGUAUUCAGUGGCGUCGUCGCAGAUCAAGGAGAAGGAGAGAGUGGAGGUAUUCCUAUUGAAUUUUAUCGAUUUAAACCCGACAUCCAGCUUGACAUGAAAGAUGCGCUGGUAGUUAUUGCACACGCGGGAGCAGGCACUUGUCUUGAAUGUCUACGGCAUCGUCGCCCGCUAAUUGUUGUGGUGAAUGAGAAUCUUAUGGAUAAUCAUCAACUUGAACUAGCGAAGGAACUGGCUCGUGGCGGGCACUUGCUGUAUUGUUCGGAUUGUUUGCCAGAUAUGAGUUCAGUGGAGUGUCCCAUUCAUCCAAACGUGCACCUGGUCGAAGACCAUCGUGCUGGCGACGUGAUUUGCCCUGAAUGUGGCCUAGUUGUCGGAGACAGAUUGGUUGACGUUGGAACCGAAUGGCGUUCGUUUUCUAAUGAACGCAGUGGAGCUGAUCCAUCACGCGUUGGUGCGCCCGAAAACCCUCUGCUCAGUGGAGGAGACUUAUCUACUAGUAUUGCAGUUGGGUUUGGAGCUAGUGACAGUGAUAACAGCCUUGCUAAUUCCCAGAGGAAAAGCAUGAACAACACUGAUCGUCAAAUGACCCAAGCGAUGAGUGUUAUAAGAGAGAUGAGUGAACGUAUUCACCUAGCCAAGAGCAUUCAGGACUUAGCUUCAAAAACAUUCAAAGACGUUUUGGAUAGCAAAGCUCUUAAAGGAAAAAACAACGAAGCACAGGCUGCAGCAUGCCUGUAUAUUGCUUGCCGCAAGGAAGGAGUUCCAAGGACGUUCAAAGAGAUUUGUGCCGUUUCGCGAGUUUCCAAGAAAGAAAUCGGGAGAUGUUUUAAACUUAUCAUUAAAAGCCUCGAGACUAAUCUCGAACAAAUCACCUCUGCUGACUUCAUGUCACGGUUUUGUGGAAAUCUCUCUUUGCCAAAUUCUAUUCAGGCUGCGGCUACUCGUAUAGCAAAACGAGCGGUAGAGAUGGACCUUGUUGCAGGUCGUUCACCAAUUUCUAUCGCUGCAGCAGCAAUAUAUAUGGCAUCACAGGCGUCAAAUGAAAAGCGAUCAGCUAAAGAGAUUGGGGAGAUUGCUGGUGCUGCUGAAGUCACAGUUAAGCAAACAUAUAAACUGUUAUAUCCUCGAGCUGCUGAGCUAUUCCCAGAAGAUUUCAAGUUUAUCACACCCAUUGACCAACUUCCUACAUCCUAA